CGAGCCCUGCCGCCUUUACUGUUUUAUCAAGUUGUUCCACAAUUCUUAAAAUUACAGUUCAUGAAUAUUAAUAUCGUUCAUGAAAGCGUCCAUGCGUAAAUCUAGCCGAGGUAUUUUUAAAAUACUUAUUUUUCUCUGGACUCUUUUGUGUUGAGUUUUUAAGUCCAGAGAUGAGAAGAAGCAGCAAAGAAGAAAUAGUUUGAGGACCAACGCCAUCUUUAGGUGGCAGAGAUGGCAGCCUCCAAAUGUAAGCCUACACUGAAGAAAAAGCUCAACUCAGAGCUCAGUGGGACUCUUAUCAAUCUCAGGAAGGAGAAUUCCUAUUUGAAGAAGACUCUGGCGGAGCUGUCCCGUCAUCACGCAGAGCAUAACAAGCUUGUUGAGAGAUUCCUCUCCCUUGAAACCAUUAGGCUUGAGGGCAGUCAUCAGCCGGCAGCAAGAGAUGAGAAAGCUACUUUGUCGAAUGAGGCGGUGUGCCCAAAAGAAGGAAACUCAUCGAAAGGAGUCUGUGAAAAACAGACAGAACAGGGGUCCACCAGUGAUGGAGCAGUCUCAGACCUUCAGUCUCAGCUCACAGAUGCAAGUGCCUUGGACAAGAAUAAGCAGUGGCUGGAAUAUGACCAGCAGAGAGAGGCCUACGUAAGGGCGGUUGUGGCCAGAAUUUCAGAGCUGGAGAAGCAGCUGAGAGAAGCCGAUCAGGCCCGUUCCCAGCAACACAAUGACAACCAUUCAGAUGGUGAGCCAGAGGGACAGUGGGCAGCUGACACUCACCACUGGGGCAAUAAGGGGCAACAGACUAGCCAGAUGCAGGAGCACUAUGAAAGCCUCCUGCAGAAAGCCAAAGAGGAGCAGGAGGAGCUUAGGAAGCAGUUGGAAGACACCUGUCAAAGCCUGAAAAUGACCGAAAGCUGGUGCACGGAAAGAGAGAAGGAGGUGGAGCAGCUCAGGCAGCUGCUGCAAACUUCUAAUAUGAGCAGAGAAAGUGCACAAGGAGAGCCUCAUUACUCAGAGGAAGAGGAGCAAGCACCAGAGGAUGAGAACAAAGAUCUGGAGGUCAGGCUGAACGAGGAGAAGCGGCGGUCUGCCAACUUUGAGCUGCAGGCAAGUAUCUUUCAGAGAUAUAUGCUCAAUCGUCACCAUGCAGAUCAAGAAACGAUUGCAGAGCUGACAAGACAGAUGAAGAUUUCUUCACAGGAUCUUGAGGAUGAGAAGCAGAACUGUUCAUAUUUAAAGAAGCAAAUGGUCAGAGUUCUGAAGAUGCUGCCAAAAACAAAAGGCCACGCAUCAAAACAUUCAAAGAGAAACCAGCAGGACCAGUACUCACAUGACGAGGAGCAAGCGUCCUGCUCCUCUCCAGCGGCCUCCUCCGCUCGCAGCAGCGGGCUGAAUGAAAGCCUCCUGGAGUGUCCCAGCUGCCAGGCCGAGUACCCCACCAGUCAUUACCGAGAGCUGCUGCACCACCUGGAGAGCUGUCAGGACUGACCCCAGCGCCCUGGAAACCCCCCCCCCGGCUCCACGCCUUCAAAAGGAUUGUUUUUGUCCCCAAAGUUCUAGAGCAGUUCAAGUUAAAAAAAGAAACUGUUGUGUUGAGUUGUUUCGAUUGUUUACUUCAGUUCACUGAGUUUUAUUUGGACCCCCCCCAUGUGCUAAAGAUUCAGUCAUUAAAUGCACACAUGGACUAAUGAACAUAAACUCAUCUUCUACUGGUCAUUUCCACAAACACAUUUACUUUUGUGAUCUCAUGAGAGUUUUUCAGUUUUUAGUGGGGUUGAGGUUACUUUAAAAAGAAAAGUACAUGUACGAAAUAUGUUAUCUUGUCCCAAAUCAACCUGAACGCAGCGGGGCAGCUCAGGGCUGAUGGUGUGUGUUUAUUCCU